AUGUCUCGGUCUUUUCUGGUUGAUUCCUUGAUCCUGAAAAAACCUCACAUUCGUGACGACGGUGAGAGACCAUCACCUUUAGAGCGGUCAAUGGUCAACCGGUCACCCCCUGGACACUCUCCUCACUCAAGCAGGACUGGUCAUCGUUCCCCACCUCGUAUGUCCGGUCAUCACCUGAGUGACCAUCAUCCGGCGCUAGGGCCGUGCUUUCCGCGGACACCUGCCGACGUGAUGGGACUAUAUACAAACAAUUGUCCACUGUGUAUCCAUCCAUCGGGUCAGCUGAUCUCAGCAGCGCCCACGUCCAUCCCUCUCAUGAAACCACUGACCACCGUUAUCUCCAGCCCGACCCUCCACAACUCCCCGAGUUACCCCAUCCCUUCCCGGCCUCACCUUGACAUAUCACGGAAAUCCCCAGGACAGAGGGCCCUAACGAGUCUACCCAGUCCAGACUACACAGCCGUGGACCCCCGGAGACUCCGAUACGUCAGCUUAGGUCACAACUCGUCAGUAAAUGGUGCAUCGGAUGAUCUACAGAGCAGCAAAAGAAUCCGCACGGCUUUCACAAGUACGCAACUUCUGGAGCUGGAAAGAGAGUUUGCCGCGAAUAUGUACCUCUCUAGGCUGAGGAGGAUAGAAAUAGCCACCUACCUAAAUCUAUCCGAAAAACAGGUGAAAAUAUGGUUCCAAAACCGACGCGUUAAAUACAAGAAAGAGGGUGUUCCAGAGUCGCAAGACAAAUGCCGUUGUUUGAGGACUUGCUCGGUGAAACACGGAAAAAGGAAGGCCUCGUUCGACCAUUCAUGUUCCGUUGACGAAAGCGAAGCUAAGGAAAGAGAAAUCGACAUUGAGUGUGACGUAGACCACGUGAGUGACAGUGAUGAUGAAGAAAGCCUCAGACGUCAGACGUCUGUGGUUCAUCACUCGCCAGAGGAGUGUUUGUCCGAUACCAGGACCUCAGCAUCGCCUGUAUGA